AUGGCAGAAUGUAUGCAAGAAACUGAGAGCAAUGUGGAGGAUAAAAUAGACGACAACUCGACAGAGUUCACACCGAUACCUUCAGAGUCUGAGUUUUCCGCCGUAAUUUUUAACAGUGUUCCGGAGUGCUACCCUCCUGACAGAGAGAUAGAAUGUCGCUACACUAUUAAGAGUUCUGUCAAACCCCACUCUCGGGACUGGAUUGGGCUUUUCAAAGUUGGUUGGCAGUCCUCGCGGGAAUAUUACACUUACGAAUGGUCGCCAAUGCUCGAGAUUCAAAUUGGCGAGCAGGGUAAAGCGAUUCAUAAUAGAGUCUUAUUCCGUGAAAGGUAUUUGCCUAGGGCAGAUGACGAGUUUUAUCAGUUCUGUUAUGUUACUAAUGCUGGCGAUGUGAGAGGAGCUAGCGUUCCUUUCCAGAUUAAAACCAAACCAGUGGAGCAGGAAGAUUUGGAAUGUUGCGAAAUUGAAGAUGACGACGGAUCGUCAAUAAUGCUCGUUAAAAACAAAACAGCGAUGCUUGAAGAGUCACUUGCCCGAACGCUGGAAGAGAAUACUGUUUUGAAAGCAUCGAAAGAAACGAUGGAAGUCGAUCUGUCUAAUGCUAAUGAGAAGAUUAUGGAACUCGAGUCUCAAAAGGUUGAAUUGACAACUGCGGUAAAAGCUGCAAAGAAGAGAUUGGCCCAGCUAGAGUCAGUGGUAGCACAGAAAAACCAGUUGUUGGAAGCGGAACAAAGCAGACGUAAAGAGGUCGAAAGUACGGUGGAUAAUUUGAAGACUCUGCAAGAAAAUUCAGAUAGACGCAUUGAUGAAUUGAUGAUGUUAAUGGAGCAGCAACGUGCACAGACCUCUGAAGUUGAGAAAAACAAAGAGAAGUUAGUAGUUGAGAGAAAGCAGUAUUUGGACACCAUGACCGCUGAUAGACAGAUGAUUGACAAGCAGCAGAAUGAGAUAAAAGCUAAGGAAGACGAGCUCAACUUACUGAAAAAUCGAUUUAUAGAGUUCAGAACCAAAGCCAGGGCUGAAUCUGAUGAUUUUGCCGAAAAACUGGAAAAGUUAACAACUGCAAAUGGAAAAUUUCAAGAACAACUUGCUCAAAGCAUAGCAGAAAAUAACAUUCUCAAAAGAAACUUGGAGGAAGAGUCAGAGCGACUUACUAAGAAGGUCAGAGAAGCUCAUUUGGAGCUCAGGAACAAAGAUCAAGAAGUUCAGAAAUUGCAGCAAGAAAUUUCUAACUAUGACUGUGUUGUUACAGACUUGGAGAAUUCCAAAGAGGAAAUUUUAAAGGAUGCAUCACGUGAGGCAGAGUUAUAUGGCAAGAAAAUUGAAAAACUCCUAGAUGAAGGUAAAGAGAAACAAGAGCUGGCAUAUCAGCUAGAACAGGAGCUGGAAGAUGUCAAAAGUCAGCUGAACCAGGAGAGGGGAAAGACAACUGCUCUGGAAGAAGAUUAUGAGUCAGUUAUCAGAGCACUGCAGGACCAACUGGAUGCAGAGAAAGCUUUUAACCAAUCUUUGUGUUCACAGUCAGAUCGUAACUUGGCUAGUCUUCAAGGUCAAGUGCAGAAACAGCUAGAAACAAACAUGGAAAUGGCUAGUCAGUUGGAUGCAAGAAAGGCUGAAAUAAGGGCACUUUGCGAUGAAUUGGAUGCCUGCAAGAGGCAGCUCUCUAAGUCACAAGGUGAAGCACAAAGCAUUCUUGCUCGGUUCACUACCGCCGAUGCUGAAGUCAAAUCUCUGAUGGUGGAGAAAGAGAAUCUCCAGACAGCACUUACCGACACACAAGGAGCCAGUGCGCGGUCAUCAAAGAAUUCAAAAGCUUCCAUGUAUGCCCUUCAGACAGCCCAUACCCAUCUGGAAAAGAGUUACCUUAAAGUGAAGAAGGAACGGGAUGAGUUAUGGGAAAAGAGAAAUGAACUAAAGAGGACCAUUUCAGCAUUACAAGGUGACCUCUCAUCUGACGACCUCCGUCUCCAGAUUGAGGAACUGAGAGCAAACAACGAGGACUUGCGUGUGCGCCUCAACAUGGGAGCUGAGGCUUACAAGGUCAAAUUCAUUGAAUGCCGUCAGCUGGAAGCCAAGUUGAGCAAGCUGAAGAGAACCUCCUCUGUGGAGUCAUUGGAAUCAAGCUCAGUGCAGGAUAUGCAGUCUGUGGUUGAUAAGCUGCGGAAGGCCUUGGACGAUGAAAAAAGAGCCCUGAGUGUGGAGAAAAGUAUGGUGUCCCAGAAACAUGAUGAGAUUAAUCAGGUAUCAUUUCAACAAAGCUAAAAUAUUUUGUUUAUUUUAUGAAACCCUAUAGAGGAGUCUGCUGAUUUUUUACAAACUGUGCAGUUGUCAAGGGUUCUCAGAAUGAUAGUUUUUAAGGAACUCUCUCAAGUGAUAGUCCAAAAAUUACAAAAAUUUUUGUGUUAAUAUUGACUUAACCAUCGUCAGGAAUUUGACAGCUUUGGGUUGAUGUUUUAAAAUAGGAAAGUGAUGCCGAUAGUUGUAGGAGUUGGCUCAUCAAUAAAAUAUCACCCCUAAUAUGCUGACUGUUUUAAAAAUGAUAAAGUAUUGAGCUUGCGUUAUUUUCAUUGACAUAAGUAAUGUAUAUUGGGAAGAGAAUUUCUGUUUAGAUUGUUCUAAAUCUGUGCUGACCCAAUAUAAAGUAGUCUCUAAAUUGCUUCUGUUUUAUUCUUUCCUGUAUUAAACCUUGCUUUCUUUAAUAAUUAUUGUACCACUUGUCAAGUUUUUAAGUCUCUUCAGGUAUGCUCCUAAAUCAAAUUGCACUAUUACUAGGAAUAUACAUACAACAUGGAUGUACAACAUGACUGUGUAUUGACAUAUUCCCUGCUUGCCAUUCUUUGAUCAGGCUGUAUUGUCAGUUUUUGAGGAAAGGGUGAAGUUUUACCACAAUGACUUGUGCAUGAUUCUUCAGUUUUUGUCCUAUGAUGAUGUCAUGUCAAUAUUUGUACUCAUCAAGGAAAUCAUGUGAUUAUUUCAGUAGAAACAUGCCUUGUGUCUUUAAUCCCAUACUAUUUCAUGUACAUGUGUCUGGUCAUGAAAAUAUAUAUGUUUAGUAUGAUAUGGAAUUGAUUACUAGCUACAGAUACUAUCUAAUUCAAAUUGUUAGAAAACUUUUCUGACACAUUUUCAAACUUUGAAAUUUGAAAUCAUGCCACCAUUAAACUAUUGAAAUUAAUGUUUGUCCCAGGCUUCAUUCAUAGAAAUUUAUACUAGUCAGCAAAAAGAAUUAAUGUUUCAUCUGUCUUGGAACAGAGCCAGAGAAAGCAAAUAUGAUAGAGCUAUUCAAUUUUGGGUUUAGUUAUUAAUGCACUUCCUUAAAUUUUAAGUAAAAUCACUGGAGUUCAGAAAGGAAAAAGAGUAAACAGAGAGAAAAAUCCAUUAGUUACAGCUCACUAACUUAGCCCAGCUCUCAAACCAGUUGAACUUCACUUCCUUGUUAUGAAUUAUUAUUGUUAUUACUAUUAUUAUUAUUCAUUAAGACAUUGAAAACAUUUUUCUAUAUAUCUUUUCCCCAGAAUACGUUUACCCAAGAAAAAGUUUUUUCUUAAAUCAAAAUGAAUUUUUUUAAUUUUUUUUUAAUUUCGAACAAUUUUUUAAAAUUGAAAUGAAUUGUUUUAAUCGAAACUAAGUGCUUUUUUAUGGAAAGGAAUUGUAAAUGGUGCUUUGACUGAAUAGUUUUUUUAAGCAAAAGUAAUUUUAAAUAGGAUUUUAUAGUUGGCUUUGUUAUCAAUACAAGAAUUAUUUAUUUAAAAAAAUUAUUAGUAGUAUUAUUAUAAUUUAAUGUUAAUAUUGAUUUAAAUUAAUGUCAAGUCAUUUUUAAUUUAGACAUAUAACUAACAGUCAGAACACAAUGUAUUUAAAAAACCCAUGAAUUUUAUUGGUUCGAGGUUUUAGGCAGGUUGUUCAAUUUUAUCCUCGGUGUAAAUUUUAUUUCCCUUUGUAUCUAACUCAUUACCAUAAUGUUGGCAGUAAGAUGAUAUACUUCCAUACCCAAAGAGGUUCAAGACAUUUAGGAAAAUAAAAUUUAAACCUUAGUAUACAUUAAAAUUAAAGCACAACAUAUGCAUCAGCACAUGAUAAAAACUAUACAAUCAAAGAUCUUGUUAGCGACCACCUCAGAAAUGUGAAAAAGUGGUUGUAACUAGAGCUGGUCGCUUAUGAGAAUGAGCUCUCCUAUAAAGCAAUCACAUGGCUAAACAACAGAGGGUGGUCACUUACAAGAACUUCAAAAAGUCGUAAAUAAUUCCUAAAAAACAAAAGAAAUUUAUGUUUAAUAAGUGUCUUUAUAUCUGAUAUAGACUUGACUUAAAUUUAUGUCCAAUUUAUUUGACCAAAAUAACCCUACAUCUAAAUAUAAGUGUUGAUUUAUAUGAAUGAGACUGGUUGCUUAUGAGAGCUUAUGGGUAAUUCCAUAAGUGGUCACAGUCGCUUACGGGAGCAGUUGCUUGCAAGAGCUUUUCAUUACAAAGUUUAAGUCACAGUUUAAAUGGUGUUUCACAAAGGUGGUCAUAAUUAGAGCUGGUUGCUUAUGAGUGUGGUCGCAUGGAGAGCUUCAACUGUACUUUUGUUCUCUUUUGUGUGUUAACUUGAAAGUUUUGGUUUUGUAAACACCCAUCCGUUGAAUUGAAUCACAGUACACUUGCCAAAAAUGCUUGGCUUUUCCUUGAAUUUUAUUUGUUGGUUGAAGAAGAUUACUUUUCUCUCUUUCAGCUUCAGUUGGAAAUUUCUGAAUUGAAAGAGAAAAUGAAACAUCUAGAGCAUCAAGAGCUGCAGAAGAUGGAUAAUGGUCCUAGCCAGCAGAUGAUAGAGGAGCUGCUGCAAAAGCUUUCAUCCUUGGAGAGGGACCUAGAAGUUGAGAAAGGAGAAAAGGAGAGCAUCAUUCACGAAAUAGUUAAUCUGCAGGAGGUCUUGAAGAAGAAGGAAGAGGAGAUACAAAUAUGUGAAGAAAAUCUGAAAGCCACACAAGAUGCACUUUCCAAUGAACAAGCCGACAGAGAAGCUUUGGGUGAGCAGGCUAGGCAAAAAUUGCAGGAACAUGAGGAGAAUGAGCAUAAACUUGAUCUAAAAGUUAAAGAGCUGACUAGAGAAGUGGAAAGAUGGAAAAAGGAAGUGGAUAUGCAUGUUGAGGCUGAGUCAAGGCUUAUGGAAAACAGAAAAGAAGAGGAGUCCACACCCACACCAGCUGAGAAGCAGGAACCAAAAACAGAACAACACACUCCCUCAGGUACUUUUGCUUUAACCUUAUUCAGUGGUGAUAAAAAAUCUAGACAAACCUUAAGGGCAUUUUCCAUUUGUUAGAAUAACCCUGCCAGACCAGUCCAGUUGUAAACAGACUUCCACUUUUAAUCUGUAAUAUCCAGCCAGAUCAGUUUAUACUUAACUUUUUAAACCCUAAGAUCAGAAUUUGAAUUCUCAUUUGUUGCCCCUAUUCAUUUCCUACAGAAGUAGUGGGGAGAAGUUGAUAAAAUAUCAAGCAAAUUUAUCUUGUGUGAUCAUGUCUGUAAUUCUCAUGACCUCUCUCUCUGUUUUACAAAGCAUUGAUAUUACAAGGAGAAAUUUGAUGCUGAUCACUCUUAGGGCUUAAAUGGUUAAAUGGUACAUGCUCUACAGUGAUGGGUUUUAGGGAAAAUCUUGAGAAAAGACUGGCAUCGUACUUUCAAAGUGAUCGGUCCAGCCGGCCCUUUCUGACUUUUGGAAAGUGCCCCAACAUCAAUCCAGACAAGUUACAAGCUGCAAUUUUUUAGUCUGAAAACAUACAACGAAUAUAUAUAUAUCUGUCUGGAUUUUAAAAAAGGUACCUACAGAAAUUUCAAGUGCGUUUUAACAAUUUGACCCUUCAGGUGAAUAAGAAGCAGUUGAAAGUCGCUAGUUAGGGCUUGUUCUUGGCAAAAGCAACAUUUGUAACUAAAUGGACUGCAUUUAAAAGCACAGAAAUAAUGACCUUUCAGUCUCUCAAACUAUGAGGCUCAUAGCAAGAUGCCCUACUAAAACAAACCUAGAAUCCACCUUUCUUGACCCCAGAAUUGGCUGUCUAAGACAAAAUCACUUCAACUAAACACUCGCAAAGCUUUUUUAUGCUUGUGCACAAUAUUCUUAUAACACAAGCGCCACAACAUACCUGAAAUCUGUCUGUCAACAACUUCAGGAAAUCACACAAUUAACUACGUUCACAGCACUGAUAAAACUAUCCACAAAGAACCACGCACAAUUUUUCCACACUUAAUAAGGGCGAGAUAUCAUCAAAUUACUCUCUCUAUAUAACUCUCGCUUUCUCCACGUAAAUCACCUCAUGUAAACUUUGUUGACACAGUCAAUUUAUUCAAGAUCCUGGAUGUAGACGAGCCGUUUUGAAAGGGACACAUGGAUGCUGGCCUUCGAAACAAAUUUUUACUCUGGUUUCUGGCCUGGUCAGAAAUCAGCAUCAAUUUUGCUCUCACCAAAUAGUUUUGACUCCUAAAAGCUACUUUUUGAGGCCAGAGACUCAUCACCGCCCACAUCAAAGCCGGCAAUAUGAUGCCUUUCUGUCUCAAGCCUGAGAUUAGUGCUUCACCCGUUUAGCCAAGAUGAGAUGAAAUACGAUAACAUGUAACUGUUGGACGACGGCAGACUUUGCCAAUCGUGAGACUUGUUCCUUAAUAAGGCUUAAUGAUUCCUUUCAGAAAACUUUGCUGUAGGCAGCCAAAAAGAAAUCUAGAAAAUUAACCAACCGCGGAAAACAACUUCUAUCAUGCGUGCUGAUUUCAAAUAACAUUGUGCUUUAUGACAAGGAGGGAAUUGUGGGAAAUGAUAGGUAGGGAAGAUGUAAACAGCAUAUUAAACACAUGUUUUUUGAUCUACUGCAGCUUGUUAGGGGAUUUUUGUGCUGAAAAUAUCAUUAAAAAAAAAAGGAAUGGUCAAGUACUGAACAAGCCUCAAAUGAGACUUUUGCUAAAAAUUCCUGGAGGUACCUUUUUGCAAAUCCAGACAGAUAUUCAUUUUAUGUGUUGCUUAGCAUUUUGUACACAUGAUAAAGUGAAGUAAAAUUUUCUUUUUUAAAAUGUCAUAUUGUGCAGUAGGUUUCUGGCAAAUAACCUGUUGAAAAUUACAUUUUAAGGACAAACUGUAUUUUUUGGAAAUGUCAGAAGAAGGUAGGUUGAUAUUAGUUUUGUUUCAGUUUAUUAAAAUACAAAAGUAAGCCUGAUUUUCAAAUGUUUGUUACAGCAAAAGACUUGAGGAAGUGGAAGGAUUUUCGAUCAGUUUGGGCAUUCACUUUUGGGUGCCAAAGUCAUUUUAGCUCAAUAUAGAGUACUAAAGUGUGACGUCAUAAAAAUGAAAUUUCUGAAAUUAUGGGAUUUGUCAGGAUAUUCUGAAAGAACAAUGUCCAAGAGGCCUACUUGCCAAAAAUGAGCAUUUCAGGGCAAAUUGUCUCUGAGAUCAUAGCCCAGUUAUACUCAGAAAACUCCAUACAAACCCUUCUAAUUUUUUUGGGGGUCGACCCCCAAAAAAUUUAGAUUGUAUGGAGUUUUGUAAGCAUAACUGGGCUUCGAUCUCAGAGACAAUUUGCCCCGAAAUGCUCAUUUUUGGCAAGUAGGCCUCUUGGACAUUGUUCUUUCAGAAUAUCCUGACAAAUCCCAUAAUUUCAGAAAUUUCAUUUUUAUGACAUCAUCACUUUAGUACUCUAUUUAGCCCUAUAAAUGUCAGUACAGUGUAUGUGAAAAUAGGCUGACACAUCAUGCCGAGUCAUGAACACCAGCUUUAAGCCUGUUUGUAUGAUCAAAUUGUUGUUGUCUACAGGUCAAAGAUUUAUGCCAGUUCGUGGAAUACUUCCAUUUUGGAAUCGCCCCCCUCCAAUCCCCCCUCAAGGUGCACAGCAUCAGCCUUGGGUGUUGGUCCAGCACCCCCCGGGACCUACAAGUCCUUCUCAUGUAGCUCCCUUGCAGCCCCAACCUGUUACGGUACAGCCCCUGCAGCCAAGUGCCCCGACACCGGAGCCCGAGGUACCACAAUGCCCGGUCUGUAAGGCCCUUCUACCACCAAGUGUUGAUAGAGAUGAGCAUGUUAAUAGUCACUUUGAUUGAGCUUUCUAUUUCAUGCAGUCCACUCAAAAAUUGUUGUUUUAUAACCUGUAUAAAUUGUUAUUGUUUAGAAUAGACAAGUAGAACAAAAUUGCUUUGAGUUAAAAAUUAUAUGCUUACAUUUAAGGAGUUAGAGACAAGCAGUAGUUCAGUUUAUGUUCCUGCUUUCCUUGAUUUUAGAACAAUCUGAAACUCUUUUCAAACAGGGUGCAGAUCCAUUUCUCUAACUUAAUCAAACUUCUCCUUUUAACACCAAUACUAAAUCAAACAAUAAGCUUGUGAAAUUCAGGAAAGUCGGUUUUAUGGUUUGCCAUUCAGGCAAGUUGUUGCUAGCAUGUACUAGCCCAAGAGUCUUUAAAGUAGCCCCAAAAAAAUUUUGAUGAGCAGCAUUGAUUACAUACUUCUGUAAUUUGAAUUUCCCCAAAAACUUCACUUGCCCUUCGGGCAAGUCAAGAACAGGAUUCACUGGCUCAGUUGCAAAAUCGACUAGCCCCAGGCUAUUGGACACGACUUUCUUUGCACGCUGGAGAUUGAAGGAAAUCAUUUACAAAAAUGUCUUGAUCUACAUGUAUAAGCAAAUUCUCCUUGCCAAUACUUGAAGAAAUGUAUGGAGAAUAGUGUAGAGGGUGUGCAUGUAGAUAGGCACAUGUACAUGUAGUGGUAAAUGUCAUGAUUAUAGACAUGUUUAGAUUAGAGACUUACAUGUAUAUAAUUUUGUAGCCUUUGGAAUAAUUAUUCUAAAUCGUUAAGGAUAAAAACUCAAUUGGUUUUAGUCAAAUGACUAUAAAGACUUACUUUAAAGUGUAAAGUUGUAGCAGACUAAAGAUUCAAGACUUUUCUCACAAAGAAAGUCAGCAAUGAAGCAGAAAUGACCAGACAGUAUUUACCUUGAAGUCUUCAAAGUUCAGGACAGGGUCAUCAUCAAUUAAUAAUAUUUGAAAAGAAAGGGAAAUAGAAGUUACUGCUUUCAUGUCAUUCGGUUAUUAUCGUUUUCAUUUUACAAUGCGGUAUUAUUUUAUUAGCUACUUGUUCAAAGUUAUUGUCCAUAUAGACAGCUUCCCAUUUGCACAAUUUUUUCAUUUUUUUAUGCAUUCAUUAUGACAUUUUUCGUCCAUCAAUCAUAGCAUACAAGUACCAAUAGUGCAAACAUUAAUGAUUCAAUCUAUUAAUCAGGUAUUACCAGGAUGUAUUUAGUGACUGGUACAGUGUAUAAGUCUCCUUUUGAUUUUGGUUUAAAUUUUAUUUUGUUGUUCCCUUUACAAUGUCCCAAAUUUAUGUCAAGGGAGGCCCAUUUGAUCACCUCUGAUCUCCUUAUAUAAUAUUCGAAAGUGUUAUAAGUACAUUGUAGCUUUGUAUGGGCCAAAUUAACUUUCAAAAUGUGUUGUUAUACCUUUUCCCUUUUAUCCGGGGAGUGUUAUUAUCUUUAUUAUUGAUUUGCGUCAGUAUAUUAAAGGAAUAAAUCUAACUGUUAAGAUAAUGCAAAGAUUGAAAAAAAGAGACUGAUGAGUAACCAAUCAAAACGUUGACAUCCAUCCACAAUAUCAAGAUAGUUAUCAACAGGGCUUUUUGCUAGUCUAAAUCAAGGAAAUCCUACACCUUUUAAUGUUUUGGGCAUAAAAGUUUCACAAAGAAGGUAUUCAACAUGAUUCAUAAGUUUUCAACAUCAGUAACACACAAAAAAUAUUUACAUGCUGUUGUAAUCCCAAACAGCAGGGUCAAUCUGUACAUAGUUAGAGCAAAUCUAAUAGGUUCUAACAUUACAGCGUCAUACUGUAAAAAUUAAUCUUUCAGCAUUUAACUUUAAAAAGUAUGGUGGACAAGCCAGAACAUAUAGAAUAUAGUUUUUCAUUGGUGGUGGUUGGGUGAGGGGUUUGGUUAACUUUGUUAAGUUGUACUGGAUGUGAUAACAGCUGGGAUGGUUAGAGAAAGAUAAUGUUGUUUGGUACUGCUUUAUAUGGCAACCUUGAUUAAAGUGGUUGUAUAUGCAUGUAAACAUUGGGAUUUAAAAACUUCUCAUGUGGUUUUACUUUAUUUACUGUAAAACCUUAAUAUUAUGAAGGGCCAAGAGACUGGCAAAAUAUCUUCAGUAUAACAAGGCUUUGUUAAAUCAGGUGUUUUUUGGUGUCACGGAAACCAUUGUUGGUUUGCUUUUGUGUUGUGGUGUGGGUAUUGCUUUCAGUCUUUUGUAUUUCAUCAUUGGAUGAUUGCAUGCAUCCACAACACCAAGAAACUACCAUCAUUUUGAGGUUCUUUUCCAUAUGUUUUACUAUUAGUGGGGCAAAGAAUGUUGUUCAUUGUUAUCAAGGACUUUGUUAUAUAGAUGUUUGUUGUAUCGAGUUGCCAACAUAGUUUUUGGCAACAUUUUUUUUUUUGGUCCUUCAUGUAAAUAUUUGGAAUAACCCAUUUUACAGUAAUAAAUGGAAACAAGGUUGGAGUUGACCUUGUUUUUUAGAUACAAACAGAUCUGCUUUCCUAUGUAAAUCAUGUUGUUCUUAUGCAUAAUUUCCAUAAGAAAACAAAGGACAGUUUUAUCAAAACAAGGUCAACCUCAGCCCCACAUUCAAGGCUUAGUAACAUCAUGUUACAUUAUAUGAUUAAAAAUAACUACAUUUGAUUACACUUUAACGAGUUCAAGCAUAAUCUCAUAGAUUCUUUUAAUGAAUUCAUUUGAAAUUAGAGAAUUGUAUGAGUAGAAAUGCAUAUUUAAUUUUGAUAUCAGUAACGACUUCAACUAAUAGAUUUUAUUCUCAAAUAAUCAGUUCAACAGUAAAAAAAAUGUAGCAUCUUAAAAGGCAUGCUUGACUGUAACAGCUGUAUAUCUUGCAUUGGUAGAGGCAAGUAUUUGGCAAGCUUUGGUAAUUUUUCAACCUAUACUAGUAGUUUGAGUAUCAGGCGUUUCUGGGGGAAAGGGGGGAAGAGAGAAGCAAAAAACCUCCUCUCCCUAGUCCCCUUAGGAAGGCCUGAUACUCAGGCCACCUAUACUAGUGGCUAUAAUUAUUUGAAUAUGCAAGUAGUAAUAUUCGCCAAACAGCAAAGUACAUUGAAUAAUUAUUACUCGGGGAAGAUUUUUUGAAACUUAUAUUACAGCAUAAAUGUAGACUCUUCUUAGCUACUAGAAGGACUUAUUUUGUUGGUGGUGUGGGAUGUGAAGUUGAAGUGGGGAGGUACGGUAAUGCAUCAGACUUGCAAUUUAUUAUGGAGGUUCCAGUUUUGAGUCCCACCUUAAACACUAGAAAUGCUUGUAAAUAGCCAACUGGUUGCCUUGUGCCGGAUGUCGUGUGUCAGAUUAUUUGUUUGUGAUAACUCAAUUGGAGCUGCUUUAAACAAACUAGCGAGGGCAGCUAGCUGCGUUUCCAGUAAAAUCAUUUGGUUUUACAUGUUACAGAGUAGAAAGGAUUAGGAAUGUGAAAAUAGUGGAAGAUAAGAGUAAAAGCGCUUUGUUCUAUAUCAGUACUAUUAAAAUAUUUGCCUUGUUUGAAAAUGAGUUUUGUCAGCAAAUGUGAUGUUGGUACUUUUUAAUAGCAGUAAUGCAGGGUUGAUUACUUAGGUUAUUAUUUUUGUGUUUUUCACAGCAACCUUGUUAUAACCUAAGCCGUUUUCAAGUGGGGGCGAAGAUUCCUUGUUUGGCUUCUAAGAUCCCCCUGUCCUUUAAUUCUCACCUCCCCUCUUUCCAAAGUGGGUAUGAAAUUUGUUUUGUAAUUAACUACCCUAACGUAUUUGACUGGUCACCACAGGGAUGUUUGCCUGUCCAAUAAUGUGUAAAUGGGUUACUGUGUAUCAGCAGAAGGAUAUAACCCACCAAUAUCAAAAACUGUUCAAUCGAAUAUCUCGUAAGCGAACACCCACAAUGCGAAAAAUUGGUGGUCGUUUACAAGAACAGAACCACAGGGGGUCUCUUCCGACAAGAGGUCCGGACACUGCUAUUUUAUGGAAGAUAGUUCAUUGAAUGCAAUUUCUAAGUUGCAAUGUGUAAUUCCAUGUCGUGGACAAAAUUUUUUUUCAUCUUUAAGUAGUAGUGUACAUAGAGCGUAGAUCAGACCAUGCGUCCUGUGGUCGCUUACAAGACGUUAAAAACAAUAGAACAUUAUUCUUCAGCCCCAAAACGUGGUCUCGGUCGCUUGCAGGAGGCAGGGCGGAUCCUGUGGAGGACCCCCCUUUAUUUUCGACUAAACUGAGGUCCGAAGGGCAGGAAAAAAGUUUUUUGAGACCCCUUCCCCCUCCAUCUCCUCCCUCCCGCAUCUGGAUCCAACACUGGGAGGUGGUCGUUUAUGGAAGGUUCCAACCGUGCGGCUUUGACGGAGAAAACUUUGAAGUUUUGGAUAGUUGGUCGUUUAUGGGAGGUGGGAGAACAUGGAGGUUCGACUAAAGAUUCUUCUGAUGUGAAGUAUAUGAAAAAUUCAUAUUUGAACUGCGGUAGUGGAUGAAAGUGAAGAAUGAUCAUCGCAGUAAAGAUUAUUAAGGAUUAAUUAAAGAUUCUUCUGGUUAUAAAUUUCCUGGAUUUACUAUGUUCAUUUCAUCCAUUAUUUUUUCUUAUUUAUUUUAUUUAUUGAUUGAUUUAUUUUUUUUGCCAAGUGGGCGGCAAAAGAAGACAAGUACUGUACUAAACCUUUUUAUUCAGAAUAGAUCUGCACAAUUUUUUUAUAUCAUUUAUUUCUUGAUACUAUACCCCAAAAAGGGAAUGCAAGACAGUCUUGGAUUCUGCAUCCCAUGUCGUGGAUUCCGGAUUCUAGGUACUGGAUUACAGUCUUUGUCAGUUGAACUUAAGAUUCCGGAUACCAAUUGUCAGUGGGACUCCAGAUUCCUUGAGCCGUAUUCCCGAUUCCAAAGCGCAGGAUUCUAUAUUUCACCACUCGAAAUUCCUGGAUGCCUGAUUCCGGAAUUUCCCGGAUUCUGGAAUCUGGAUACCAUUAUGUCUAUUAUUACAUGGAGCGAACCUUUAUAUUCGGUAGAUCUGCGCAAUUUUUGAAUAUCCUUCAUUUCUUGAUGCUAUCAAACGAACGUAGUUAAUCUAUCUAAAGCGUUGAUUAGAGUAGACGGGCCUUUUCUAGGCUAUUGACAACGUGAAACGUGGUUAAGUGAUUGUGUCCGUGCCAUGUUUCUAUGUUUUUCUAGACUACGAGCAGUCUCUCUUUUUACUUGGUCCGUCGAGCAAAACGCCCGAGACACGCAAAUGGCCACGCGCGUGACUUAAGGCGCGAGACGGGAGAGGCAUGAAAAAAGAGAGACUCUCUUUUCUCUUCUCGGGCUGCCGCCCUCGUUUCUCGCGUCUCGCGGCUUCGCCGCUCAACACUCGCGCGCGCAUGCACUCCCCUUACUAAAUCUGAAGAAAAAGAGAGACUGCUCGCAGUCUAAUGUUUUUCCGCUCUUUUCACCUUUCUCCAUAACUGUAAAUUUGAAGCUACUAUACUGUGUUAGCAAUUUUAACUGACCAAGGGUUGAUUUCCAGUGUCGCGUAAUUUUUACGUGCGUGCGUGCGUGCGUGCGUAAAAUUUUAGGUUCGCAAAUGAAAUAGAGGCAAUGCAUGAAAGGUCGCUCGUAAGCGUAAAAGUUGAACCUCGUUCAACUUCCCGUUUGAGCUCAGCACUUUUAAUCUUGUCUCUAUUUUAUUGACGUGAUUAAAAUUUACGUGGGUUAACUUGCGUAGCCAAAAACGCGUCAGUGGAAAUCAGCCUUAAGUCUUAAGCAGAUCGUUAACUGAUAGAGCAAUAAACUUUAUUAUACUUUUUCGCAACUGCAUAAGUUGCGCAUUAAACUGAGAUGAUGUUCUCUGCAUCUAUCUCUUACCCAAUCAGAAUAUACACAUAGCCGGAUUAUCAAAGAACAAAUUAUAAUAAAUUCUCAGUGAAAUAUAGAGGGGCAAAAUCAGAAAUCUUAUGGCCGAUUAAAAAAGAUCAUUAAGAAAUAUAUGCAGUAUCACUUACAGUAGGAAUUCCAAAACUUGCAUCAUUUCAUUAGAAUUCGGUAGAGUUUUAAGUGUAAUAUUAAGCGCCAAACAAAGUG